AUGAGCUUUGUCUGUAUAGCUUCACUUUCCAUCGCUCGUUACCACUUCGCAUUACUUGCUGUCGUUUGUUCAAAUCCGUCGUGCCAUCGUUGAACCCCCAUCGAUCACAACGUGAAGCAACCAUGACGGGACGUUGGCGCGAGUCGGCGCGCGAAAGAAUAGCCCAAAGACAGCGAGAAAGACACAGAUCCGAUAUCCUCGAUGACCGCGACGAACUUGCCAUGUCUCCUCGUCCGGGCUAUUACCCGGAACGCUAUCGUGAUGAACACGACCGUGGACAGCUUGGGCCACCAACAAGCUACUAUGCCGAACCACCUCAGCCAUAUGCAGACGAGCUAGACAAUUUCGAUCGCCAUUUUCUUGCCCAUCCUGCCCCGCAAACUCGUGACGACGAACAAUAUCAAAUUGCGCUCUCGCAUCUUAGCAGACAUGCCCGGCCUCACAUCUCCCCCGGAUACAGCUCGUAUAUGGACGCCACUAUGUCCCAGUCCAUGUCUGCUGGCCCGCCUACCUCCACCAUGGUACCUGUUACCGAUGAUCACCUCAUCCCGACUCCGAGGACACUGGAAAUUAUCAGCCGUGAACCAAAUCAUCGCCUCAGGGAACUGUAUGGCUCACACCAGCAGCUAACGCCUCCGAUGCAUUCCGCAGCUUCAUACGCACACAGCCCCGCGAGUCAAGCGCCCACCAAAGACACUCUUCAUAGCCUCAGUAGCUCCAGUCCUACCAUACGAGCCAGCGCGCACAAAAAGCAAAGUGCCUCUCGACGCGCCCGUCAGAUGUCGUAUGUGGUCGAAGAACCCAUGGAAGCAUCUCAGUCAUCCCAGCCAUCCCUAGCUACCCACACAGAUUCUACUCAGUCGACCCCAAUUGUUCACGGUAUACGGCUGGUGAGUGUACGACAGGCCUUGCCAAGCAGGUUUCAGGAAGUCUUCCCUUACGAAUUGCUCAAUGCUGUACAAUCGAAAUGUUUCGGAGUUGUCUAUGGGUCCACCGACAACGUGGUCAUAUCUGCACCGACAGGAAGCGGCAAAACAGCCAUCCUGGAACUCGCCAUCUGCAAACUUGCUCUUGAUCGAGGCAACGAGAACUUCAAGAUUGUCUAUCAAGCUCCCACCAAAGCUCUUUGUUCCGAGAAGGCUAGGGAUUGGGAGAAGAAAUUCAGCCAUAUGGGCUUGAAAUGUGCUGAGCUGACCGGCGACACCUCCCAAGCCGAGAUGAGGAGAGUCGGGGAAGCUUCCAUUAUUGUCACCACUCCCGAGAAGUGGGAUUCCAUAACACGCAAGUGGCAGGACCAUCGCAAGCUUCUCCAACUUGUCGAAUUAUUCCUCAUCGACGAAGUUCACAUCCUCAAGGACGUCCGCGGUGCUACCCUUGAGGCUGUGGUGUCGCGGAUGAAGACUAUUGGGGCUAAUGUUCGUUUCGUUGCACUGAGCGCCACUAUUCCCAACUCAGAUGACAUUGCAAAGUGGCUGGGACGUAAUCACACGACUCAACAGCUCCCUGCUCACCGUGAGGUCUUUGGUGAGGAAUUUCGUCCUGUCAAGCUGCAGAAGUAUGUCUACGGAUACGAAUGCAAUGGGAAUGACUUCAUCUUUGACAAGUUUCUCGACUCGAAACUCCCCAUGCUGCUCUCUAAGCACAGUCAACGGAAACCGAUUCUGGUCUUCUGCUUUACGAGAAAAUCAUGCGAGUCUACGGCCACCAUGCUGGCGGAGUAUGCCUCGGCGUUGUCAGAAACUAACAGCCUGUGGCCGAUUCCAAAAAAGAGAAUUCCUGUUGUCAGCCGCGAACUGCAGGAAAUUGUUCAGUUUGGUGUUGCCUUCCAUCAUGCGGGUCUUGACGUCCAAGACAGAGUUGCUAUUGAGCAACAUUUUCUGAGAGGGGAUUUGAGCGUCAUCUGUUGCACAUCAACGUUGGCCGUUGGCGUCAACCUCCCCUGUCACACGGUCGUCAUGAAAGGGACCGUCGCUUUCAUGGACGACAAGCUUCAAGAGUACUCGGAUCUCGAGGUUAUGCAGAUGCUAGGACGAGCGGGCCGACCGCAGUUUGAUACCAGCGCUACCGCUGUCAUUCUGACGCGUGCUUCAAACAAGUUACGCUACGAAAACAUGGUCUCCGGUCGGGAAAUACUCGAAAGCACCCUGCAUCUCAACCUCAUCGAGCACCUUAACUCUGAGAUAUGUCUUGGAACAAUCAGUGAUCUUUCUUCAGCAAAGUUAUGGCUUGGUGGGACAUUCUUGAGUGUUCGUCUCAGACGAAACCCUGAUCAUUACCGACUUACAGGUGACAUCUCGAAUCCUUCCCAGAUCGACGACAAGCUCGAAGAGAUUUGCGAGCGUGACAUAAAGCUUCUGCAGAACACCCAGUUAGUGACUGCAGACGCAAAGUUCAAGUGUACAGAGUAUGGCCGUGCAAUGUCCAAGUACAUGGUGGAGUUCGAGACGAUGAAGUUGAUAUUGAAGAUUCCGCGAGCUGCUGGCAUUGAUGCCUUGAUCACUGCUCUCGCUGAAGCAGUAGAGUUCAAAGAGUUUCGCAUAAAACCCGCCGAAAGGACACUCUUCCGGGAGAUCAACAAGAACCCGCUCAUUAUGUAUCCAGUGAAAGAGCAAGUCCAGCAUACUCAACACAAGAUCUCCCUGAUUGUGCAGGUUCAUCUUGGGUGUGUUCAGUAUCCAGAUUCCACUGAGGCGUCCAAGCUCAGACGACAGCUCAUGAUGGAAAAGAAGAUGAUAUUCGAGAGACUCCAGCGCCUUGCACGUGCUGUAAUUGAUUGCAAGGGGUUUGAUCGUGAUGCCCCCGGAGUGAAGAGCGCUUUGGAACUGGCUAGGGCACUUUCAGCCGAGUCUUGGGAAGGUCGUCCAACACAACUCACCCAGAUUCCCAACAUUGGUCCAGUUGGUAUGAGGAAGUUGGCAAGCAAGGGCAUUCGGACAGUGUUGGAGCUUGCAGAGAAAGAAGGCAUUGAACUCGAACGGCUCAUGUCUCGGCAGCCGCCAUUUGGAAAGAAGCUGAAAGCAGAUCUUGACAAGUUCCCUCGUCUUGAUAUUGAGGUGUCGGUCGUCAAAUAUAUCACCCCCAAGAGGCGCAAUGAAGACGUAACACUCAACGUUCAAGCCACACUUCGAUACCACAACCAGAACGGCCCCCCAAACUGGCUGGGCAGGUGCCCGAUGCUUACAUUCAUGAUCGAGUCUUCAAAUGGGAAUCUGCUAUACUUUUGGCGCGGAAGUCUCAGGAAGAUCGACAAACAGAUCGGGCUCGUACUUCCAUUUCCUGUUCCGUUAAAAAGUCCGGAUGAGCGUAUUAUCUGCCAUCUCAGCUGCGAGGAAAUUGUUGGAACACUCGUCUCGAAAAUUCUGAAGCACGAGGUACCCCUAGCAGCUUUUCCAUCCCAGCAGUCUCGGCAGGGCAGAACAACUCCCACAAACGGAGGGCAAACGCAGCGGCUAUUGAAGGAAACAGCCGAAGAAUACCUGGAUGAUGAUGGAAUAGACGACUCGGACCUGCUCCAAGCAGCUGAUGAAGCAACUUCCUGUGCUCCUGCCAUUCAUGGAGCCAAGUACGAAUCAGAAUCAGAUCCCGACGAGUAUCCUGAGGUGGAAGAGCUCAUGGAAGUUGUGACCCAAGCGAGCGAGCCAGCGCAUCAGAAAUUUGAUAGGCAUCUGGCUGCGAAUGAGGCCGAUGACUCGGGAGACAUGGAGAACAGCCAGAUACUAGACCGUGAGCCUGUGCAAUUGCCAAACGGUAAAUGGCAAUGCAACCAUGCUUGCAGUGGAGGAGCACCUACGAAAUCGGGGAAGCCUUGUACCCACAAGUGUUGUCAAGAGGGCAUCGAGAAGCCAAGAAAGCGACCUACCAAAAAGCGGAAGGAGAUAGAGCAAGGAGAUCAGAAGAGCGAAUCUCAGGGCGUACUGACUCAAUCGUCUUUUGACGCGUUGAACAAGAUAUCAUCAGCGGGAAGUCAAGUGGCCGUCAACAAGACAAUCCCACGUGCCGCGACCAAAAAGGAGGCAUUCGAAAAGCCCUAUGAGCCGGUUAACAAGAAGCCCAAGUUGGAACUGCCCCUGCAGAAGCAAACCAUCGACGGAGUUGAUUUUGAUUACAUCGACCUUUCGUUUGAUGAUGACGAGUUUCAAGAUAUUGCGGCUGGCGUGCAGCGAAAGACAACCGCAACAACCACCGCCAACCAGGGGCAACGUACCAGCAUUGACAGCCAAUCUUCACACAAUGAGGCUUGGGGAAUUAUUCAGACCCAAAGUGAAGAUGCAAGAGGCCCUGCAGCGUCAACGCAGAACAUGGUGGCAGAUCAGAGCAUCAUGUUUCCAUUGCCAACCCAAGUCUAUGGGGAUGACCCAUUUGACGCGGGCGAUCUCGCAAUCCUCGAUGGCAUGAUGUUGGAAGCAAGCAACAGACACACAACCAAAUCGCCCUUCAGCAUUGGCGGAAAGGAUCAAGUCUUCUAUCAGACUCCUUCCAGUCAGUCUCUCGGACCUGGCAUGAACUUGCCCGAUGAACUCGUUCCGCUCAAUCCACAGUCCGCGGGGAACAUCAACCAGUCAGCCACCGUGAUUGAUCUCGACUGGGACGACGUGCCCAUGGGAGGUAAAGAUGCUACGCACGAUGACCAAUCUGUUUCUUACACCAUCGAAGCCCCUUCUCCACACGGAUUUGCCCAUGGCAGCCCCCAGACCCCCAACGAUGUCAAGAGUAAUGGGGCCAAAGACCAGAAACCAAAGAUAGAGGGUGAGCCAGAGUGGGUAUCGACCAUGGACCCUGACAUUAUUGACAUGCUUCGAGGCUUUGUAACAUUUGUGUGAAGGAAAAGGGAAGUUGAUGUAGUGUAGGAUGAUGGAGUGCGGGUUGCUGCUUUUGCUGGUGUGUUGGCUGGCCCUUUUGGUACGGUGAUUUCUGCUACUUUAUUAUGCUCACAUGUUUAAAGGUACUGGGGAAAUGGUAUUUC